ACGUGGGCUCCUUCGCCGCCGACGAGCUGGACGUGCAGCGGGACGCGGCGCUGCUCGACGAGCGCCUGCGGACGCUGCAGGACUGUCCCCGGAGGAGGAGCGUGGUCCUCAAGUUCAGCCUGCAGGGCCUCAAGGUCUACGGCGCUGACGGCGAGACGCUGCUGAUGGCGCACGCCCUGCGCCGCAUCCUCUACAGCACGUGGCGCCCGGCGGAGGGCCAGUUCGCCUUCGUGGCGCGCAACCCGCGCAGCCCGGCCACCAAGCUCUUCUGCCACCUCUUCGUGGGCCGCGAGGUGCAGACCCUCCACCUGCUGCUGUGCCGCUGCUUCCAGCUGGGCUACCUGCGCGCGCACCCCGGGGCGCAGGCCGCGGGCGAGGAGCCGCGGGCGGCCGCGGGGGCCGCGGUGCUGCGGGCGCCGCUGCACCCCGACGAAGCGUCGCCCACCGUCAAGGCGCUCGUCUCCUUCCGACGCCUGCUCGCCCCCUCCAGCCUGGGCCCUGUGCGCGUGGGUGAGCGGCGCCCGGAGGCCGAGGCCAGGGAGGCCGCCCGGCCGGGCAACCCCUACUGCUCGCCGGUGCUGGUGCGCAAGAAGGCCAUUCGCAGCAAGGUGCUGCGCUCGGGCGCCUACCGCGACUGCGCCGCCGAGGGCCCCGCGCCCCGCGACGCCGCGCCGGGUGGCGGCGAGAGCAAAGGGGCGCGCGGCGGCCCGGCCCUCCUGCCCGAGAGCGACGGGGACCUCGCCGAGAGCGUGUGGGCCUUCGCCGGCAUCUCCAGGGACGGCGGCAUCGCCCUGCUGCGGAGGGACGUGCCCGGCGCCUUCCUGCUGCGCGCCGAGCCCGGCCUGCCCAACCGCUGGUGCCUCUGGGUGCGGGUGCCCUGCGGCGUCAUCCCCUACUCCGUGUUCAAGAGCCACCAGGGCCGCUACCGCGUGGAGCACUCCAACGCCGAGUUCUGCAGCGUGCCGGCGCUGCUGGCGCACUACUGCAGCGCGCCCGGGGGCUGCUUCUGCCGCCUGGCCCCCGGGCGCCGCAACCCCGGCUACGAGGAGGGCGACGCGGCCGGCGCCGAGGCGCCGCGGGCGCCCGCGGGCGGCCAGCACGAGCGCGGCUAG